AUGCCGUUGAGCAAGGAGGACAUGAAUUCCUUGUACGCAGAGCUGCUCAACCGUCUCGUUGAAAGCGGCGAAUGGGAUCGGAUCAAGGCUGUUUUGGAGGCGAAGCUGAACGAAACUGGCUGGAAGGAUCAGGUGAAAGAUCAAGCGAAAGAGCAGGCUAGACAGAUGGAGGACCUUUCGUUCCAAGUAUUGCUGGACAAGAUCAAGCCUACGGCAGAGGGUAAGCCGGGUUUCGUUCCUCCAAGAUACGUUCUCAACGAUAUGGAGUAG